AAGACAUAAAAUAAAACAAUAUAAAUACAAAACCCCAAAACUUAAAGAGAGGGUUUUGCAUUUGCACUUGCAUUGCAUAGGAAAGCCCUCGUUGUUGCUAUUGAAACCAUCACUAUCACUAUCACUAUACUAUACUAUGGCUCCCGAUGCUUCCGACGCACUUGCAGUGAGGCAGAAAGUUCAACUGUUUCUCAACGCCGCUUGUACCGGCAAUCUCGAUCUCUUAAAGAAUUUGGCGCAACAGUUAGACGAAGGGAACGAUUUAUCCAAAACAGUUGAAGCAAUUAAAGACGCAAACAAGCGUGGAGCACUCCAUUUUGCUGCUCGUGAAGGUCAAACUGAAAUUUGCAAAUACCUUUUGCAAGAUUUGAAGCUUAAUAUCGAUUCCAAAGAUGACGAUGGUGAAACCGCUCUCAUUCAUGCUGCACGUCAGGGACACACUGCUACUGCUAAAUUUCUUAUUGAUUUUGGUGCUGAUCCUACUAUUGCCAGCAAUUUAGGAACUACAGCAUUGCAUCAUUCUGCAGGAAUAGGAGAUACUGAGGUGCUUGAGCAUUUGCUGUCCAGAGGAGUUAAUCCUGACUUAGAAAGUGAUGCUGGAGCACCUUUGGUGUGGGCUGCCGGUCAUGCUCAAGAAGCUGCUGUUACUGUUCUAUUACAACAUGGUGCAAAUCCUAAUGCUGAAACUGACGAUGGCAUUACCCCACUCCUUUCAUCUGUUGCAGCUGGUUCUUUGGCAUGCUUAGAGCUGUUAAUACAGGCAGGUGCUAAAGUAAAUGUAAGUGCUGGUGGAGCUACUCCUUUGCACAUUGCAGCUGAUAGUGGGAAUGUUGAACUUAUAAAUUCCUUAUUGAAAGCUGGAGCUGAUCCUAAUGUCUCUGAUGAGGAGGGUGUUAAGCCACUACAGGUUGCAGCUGCGAGGGGCAGUCGUGGAAUUGUUGAGAUAUUGUUCCCCGUGACAUCCAAAAUUGAUGCUAUUCCUUCUUGGACUAUUGAUGGGAUACUUGAGUAUAUGCAGUCAGAAAGUAAAAAUCAACAGGAUGAAUUGGUAAAUGCCAAAGAAAAUAACCGGCCCGAGGAUGCUGUUUCCCGAGAGAAAAAUAUCCCUGAGGUGACACCUGAAGCCAUAAAGAGAGCAGCGGAAUCAAAAUCAAGAGGGGACGAGGCUUUCAAAAGGAAAGACUAUCAUAUGGCAAUAGACUCCUAUACACAAGCAAUUGAUCUGAAUCCCAAUGAUGCGACAUUGCUAUCAAAUAGAAGUCUAUGUUGGAUUAGGCUGGGUCAAGCUGAGCAGGCUUUAGCUGAUGCAAAGGCCUGUAGAGCAUUAAAACCAGAUUGGUCAAAAGCUUGUUAUAGGGAAGGUGCAGCCUUGCGUAUAUUGCAGAAGUUUGAUGAAGCUGCAAAUGCUUUUUACGAGGGAGUAACGCUUGACCCUGAGAACAAGGAGCUCGUAGAUGCGUUCAGGGAAGCUGUUGAAGCUGGAAGGAAAUUUCAUGGCACAACUGAAAAGAAUUCGUAGUUGGCUCUUUGCUAAUACUAUUGCGGGUGAUGCAGCCUUAUAACCUUAUUCAUUCAUGUAAUUUCUUUUUCCCGACAAGUUUCUUAGUAUUUUCUUUUAUGAGGUACAAUCUUACAGGUACUGGCAAUAUAUUGUGUUAAAAUACUAUACUAAUCAGAAAGGUUACUGCUUAUUUGACAUCUUUUGGCACAUUGUGAAAAUGGCAAUGCAGGUAAUUGCAUGUUGUCAAGGCUAAUAAGGACCACCAUUAUGGGUGGUUUAUGGUUUAUAGUUGAUUACUUUAUAAAUUUAUUUCAA